AAGACAAAGCGUUUAAGUUUUAAGCUAUCGCAAGAGAUAAUUGCUUGCUUCAAUAGGUUACAAACUUAUUUACUCGCUCGAGCCCAUCUAGAAUCGAAUUGUCCGUUAACAACAAUUGAUUGCAGCCAUGUCGCUAGCAUCGCCCGUCUCAAAGGACGGAUUCUCCUACGCCGGAGACCUAUUCGCCGAGGCGAGCGGACAUAACCGGCAUAGGCGUGCCACCGUAGCGGAGCUCAAAGACCACUUCAAGUCCGGCUCCGAGAAGGAUCACCCGGCCCAUUGGUUCGAGGCCCAGCUCAUCCACUACGGUCUGCAGGUCUCCAAAACAAAGGCCGUGGCUCGCAUGCGCCUCUUCGAUGCCGUCAACGCCGGAAAUCUUUCUAUCCCGGCUCAUAUCCAGAAGGUGGAGUCCGAGCUGAAGAAAGAAUGGAUCAAAAAGGAGCGCGAGGCUAAAAAAGCCUUCAAGAGCGCUGCUACAUCUUCGCCUGCACCCAAGGCUACCGGUGCCAAGCGCAAGGCUGAGUCUUCGAGCGUCGAUGUUACCGUCAGCGUCGGCGGUAUCAACGUCACUGUCUCCGCCAGCAAUUCGAAUAAGAAGAUCAAGUCACCUGCCAAACCAGCAGCUACUCCCGCGCCGCCCAAAGCCGCCAAGAAGACGGAGGCCAAGCCCAAGGCUCCAAAGGCAGCUGCCACUCCCAAGGCUGCUUCAACAACUACUACGUCCAAGACCACAGCAUCCAAAACUACGGUCUCAAAGACCACCGUGUCAAAAACUACCACUAUCAAAACCACGGCUGCCAAACCUCCUCUGACCGGGCGGAUGGCCCGCCGCGGCGGAAUCCACUCAGGCCUCAGCCGCGAGAGCAGCGCAGCAACAUCCACAGCAUCAACCCCUCAACCCGCGCGAACCCCCCAAUUCGCCCUUCGCGGCCGGGGCCGAGGCGGCAGCAGCAACAGCCCGUCUCCCGUGAAAAGGGAGUAUUCUUACAACGACGACGACGACGUCAAAUACGAAGACAGCGACGACGGCGAGGACCUCAAGCCCCUGGGCCUUCUCAACGGGCGGUACGCGCUAACCAGCGACUUCGUGACUUCCGAGUGGGGACACAUCAACCUCUCGCUAGUCUUCACCCUGAGCGGGACCGAGCUCUGGGGCCGUUUCGACCUCGGCAUCGUCAGCGGCAUCAUGCGUCUCCCCCAACGGCCGUGGCAGUCCUCCACCGAGCCGUUGAAUUUCACCUGGCGCGGGCAGGAGCUCGAAGGGCCGAUGAUGUACGGAGACUCCAAUCGCGGGUGGAUCCGAUUCCUCGGGGGCGGAAAGGUGGAGGGCGAGCUGGAUUUUAUGGGGAUUACGUUUGAGGGGAGUCGGGUUGUGGGACAGGGUACUAGGAGCGAGGUUGAUAUUAGUAGCAUGAGGACGGAAUGGGAGGGGUAUAAUGAGGGUGGAUACGAAAGGGAGAGUCGUAGUCGGUGGUAGGACUGUUUCUGUUGUCGGCUCGUGAGCAGUUGCAGUGGUAUAGGGGCUACACGCAGUACGGUACGCGGUCUUCUGAGUCAAAGGGCCAUUUUAAUACUCUCAUGUACGAUUUGAUUAGGGCGUUAGAUUGCGCAUUCUACGCUGCAUUUGUAUUAUAGGAGAGUUAGUUCAAGUGCUUAUAGUGAUCACCGUAGCGGCUCUUGUUGGGCUGCAAGGGGGGAUUAUAAUCAUUAAAGUGUGUUCUGGUUAUACUCGUCACGCAUUACAAUAAGCAUUUCAC